UUCGAGGAGGCGGGGAGACAGACAGGAGGAGCGGAAGACUGUCUCACCUCGAGCAGCAGUAGCUUUCAGUGUCAGAGCUGUCAAGAUGGCUGUCACGGGCUCUUGAUAAAGGAAUUAAUUAAUUUCAUCCGUGAGGUUUUGGCAGAUCAGCAAGUUAUUUCGUCGCGGCGGCGGUAGAAGUAUUUCACAUACACAGAGAUCUGCAGAUGGGUCAGGGUCUGUGGAGGGUGGCGAGGAACCAGCAGCUGCAGCAGCAGUACAGUGAACAGUGCUUCCUCCAGCGGGAGAGAGAGCAGGGCUGGAGGACGGGGUCCCCACUGACUGAGCCACUGCAGCAGCUCCAUACACCACAAUGCCUGGUCCCUGGUACAGACAUCAGCCACCUGCUCCAUGCCCGCAAUUGCAAAGAUGAGCAGGGCUUCAUUGACCUUGAGAUGCUACCACCCGAACUCAGCAUCACCAUCCUCUCAUACCUGAAUGCUACCGAACUGUGCCUGGCCUCCUGCGUGUGGCAGGACUUGGGCAAUGAUGAGUACCUGUGGCAGGGCCUGUGUAAAUCCACUUGGGGUCACUGUUCCAUAUACAAUCGAAGGCUUCCACAUGGAUUUUCUUAUAGAAAGCUUUACAUGGAAUUAGAUGAAGGAAGUCUAACGUUCAACGCCAACCCGCAAGAGGGUAUCAGUUAUUUCAUGUCCAGAGGCAUUCUGGUGGACCACCCGAAGGAAAUUGCCAAGUUUAUAUUCUAUACCAGAAUGCUGAAUUGGAAAAUGCUGCGGAUUUAUCUUGAUGAGCGGCGAGAUGUACUGGAUGAGCUAGUCACACUUCAUAAUUUUAGCAACCAGUUCCUCCCUAACGCACUCAGGGACUUCUUCAGACACAUUCAUGCCCCAGAGGAGAGGGGUGAGUACCUGGAGACCCUCAUCACCAAAUUCUCUCAUCGCUUUUGUGCCUGCAAUCCCACUCUGGUGCGAGAAGUGGGCCUAAGUCCUGAUGCAGUGUACGUGCUCUGCUACUCUCUCAUCCUUCUCUCCAUCGACCUCACCAGCCCCCACGUGAAGAACAAGAUGUCCAAGAGGGAGUUUAUUCGAAACACACGGCGGGCUGCUCAGAACAUCAGUGAGGACUUUGUAGGCCACCUCUAUGACAACAUCUAUCUGAUCGGCCACAUUGCAGCCUAGGCACUACAGCGCAUGAUGCAUUAGAAAGAGUCGGCUGGCACGUAAAACAUUGGUAACUGCACUUGGAAGGAUACUGCACUUGGAAGAAAAACACUGUCAGAACAUUGCAGGUCAUUUUAAACUGAAGUUAUAUAAGUUAAGCUUGAUGUGAUGUGCUGCAGUGUAUUGCAAAGGAUUGGAGUACACGAACAGCCACAAUGUGAAGAAUCGACAAAAUUAGUCAGCUGUUAGCAGGCUAACAUACUGGCAGAGAUCGCAACAAACUUAACCUACCACAAAUCGCUUACCAUACAGAAUCAUGUAGCUGCAUGAAGAGAUAUGAGAUAUGCUGUAAAGUCAGUUAAAGUUAGGGUCAAAUUGACAAGACAUCUAUUUUCUUCUUCGUUCUAAUUUUGAAACCUGCCGUGUUUAUCCAGUGAAUGUCACCUCUUUUUUAUUUUGCCAUAUCUACAGUAGCAUUCCAAGAUGAUUCUUCCCAAAUUCACAAACUCCACUAAUCUCCUUUUCUGUCAGUCAGUUUUAUUCAUUAUUCUUACAAUAGCAUAACACCAGUUCACUCUGGGUUGGAUAUAAAAAUAUCUUGAAAUUAAUGGUGGUGAGAAGAUAUAUUCUUUUAUUAUUAUUAUUCCGGUGCAUUACAAUGUCUUUACACCUAGACCACCUUUUAAUACUCUAAGCAAAUUAGGCAAGUCUACAGCUGCUGUAAUAUGAAAGGAUUGACAAACUAAAAAUGAUAAUGAACAAAGUGUUGUAUUUUUUUAUUAUUUUUAAUGUGUGUGUGGUUUGUUGUUUUACGAGGAUAUAUGUGUGUGCUUUGUCAUAUGUGUCUCAUCUUCUUUGAGAAGAGUAAAACCCUGUGAGACACUGUAAGCACUGAACAUUUAUUAUUUAUCAUCUGUUGUUUUAGCAUUCCAAACUGAUUUCAUUGUCAGUGGAAACAUUUAAAAAAUCACUUUGAGAAUAACAUAAAUCAUGUCCAUUUACAUCAGAGUAUUUUAAUCUAGAAAAGCUUUUUCUCAAAUUAUACUUUGGAAAUUACUUAAGAAUAUGCUCCCAACUCAUGAACGUGGGUAUUUAUUUUUUUUAUUCAGAUUUCUUUUUUUAUUUUAUUUUUUUUUUUUAAAUCAGUUGCCAAUAGUGAGGAUUACAUAUUAAAAACUACCAUUACAAAAAAAUAUGGAGAACUUUUAACAAGCUCUGGAUAGUUUAAUUUAAAGUAGAAUAUUUUAUUUGCACAAAGUGUGUGUGUGUGUGUGUGUGUGUGUGUGUGUGUGUGUGUGUGUGUGUGUGUGUGUGUGUGUGUGUGUGUGUGUGUGUAUAUAUAUAUAUAUAUAUAUAUAUAUAUAUAUAUAUAUAUAUAUAUAUAUAUAUAUAUCUUGCAUAAACAUUGAAUUUUAUUUCAGAGUAUUUUAAUUAUGAGUUGUGAUUUUUCCCUAAAUUAAUAGUGAAUUUCCUUUUGCACUUUUUGCCAUAUUUUACCACUCAGCAAACUGUGUGACAUAAUAUAUUUUAUGAAAUGUCCCAACAAAGGUUAACCUAUAAAAUAUGGACUAUUGUUGUCCAGUUGGAAUUAACUGUAAUCUUAAUAAUGGAUUAAAGCUCAUCUUU